CUCACCUGGGAUCGCGCCCCUUGCCGCUCUGGGAAGUUGUGUCGCCGCGGUGCAGUCACCUCCACCCGGAGAGCUCCCGCUGCUGUGCUGGUCGCGCUCGGCUCUGUCCUCUUCCUUUAACCCUCUACCGUCCCUGGAGACGAGGGGGCGGGGUCCGACGGUGCGCUGGGAAAGGCAGGCGAGCUGGCGCCCAGGUAUGUUCUUCCACAAGGGCUGGGCGGGGGAGAGGACGGUGUCCGAGCAAUCGGGAGAGCAGGCUGAGAAGAUGCCACGGUCGCCACCACCUCAAGGAGAUCCCAGGGAGUCCAGCCCGUCCAAGGCCCCCAAGAAGCACGCCACUUUCCACAUCUGGCGCUCCAAAAAGAAGCAGCAGUCUCCGCGGUCAGAUUGUGGCGUGUUCGUUCCUCACCCGUCCCCCGCUCUGGUUGGCGAAGCCAGAGUUUUGAAUAUACCUAAUGAAAGUCAAGAAGAGUUCCAGGAAUUUACAUUGCACACUGCCAACGAGGUGGCUGGUCCCUCACCUGCAGAAUCUGGGCUGCAUAAAAAGUCCAGAGCACAACCACCAGAAGACAACAGAAGGAAGCCUGUUUUAGGGAAACUUGGCACUCUAUUCACUGCAGGAAGGAAAAGGAGCACCAGAAAUGGGUUAGAGAGCCCCACCAGCUCAAGUGUCAAAUCUGUCUCUUCCAAAGAUAUAACCUCUUCUAAACUCCCUGAAAGAGAGGGCGAGAAGAGUGAGUCUCAGAGCAGCCAACCAAAGCAGACAGACAGGAGCGAGGAGGGCUCCCCUCAGGGGGCAGACGGCGAGCACUCAGAGAGUUGUGUCCAGGCAGUCCCCCGUGACGCCGAUCUGUCACCUUGCUGUAGCAGCAGUGCAGCGGCCGUGCAGCAGUGCCAUGAAAGUGAUUCACCCCAAUUAAAACCUCUGCAGGCAGGAGGAGAGACUUUCCCAGAUGCCACCACCGCUGCCAAGCAGCUGCAUUCCUCACCAGGGAAUUCCUCUAGGCAAGAGCACGCAGAGACGCCUUCCCGCAGUCUGGGGGCGGACCCUUUGCCCGGCGCUGGAGGUGAACAGGAGACAGCCUGGGAUGCGAGGGGUGUGCCGGGGUCGCCCACCCGGGAGCAGUCUGCUGGAGGACUAGAGGAAGCCCCCAGCGUAGGUACUGUAGAAAGUUCUCUGCUGCCCCUAGACGCCCGCAGCCAGCCCCGCGAGAGCGCAUCUGCUCUGCCAGGUGACUCUCCUGCCGAGUGCACAGAGAAUAAGAUCAGCACCGGGCAGGCCAGCGGCACAGACGCGCGUGGCGAUCGCGCCCAUCCCUCCAAAGUGUUGACUUUGGAUAUCUAUUUGAGUAAGACUGAGGUGUCGCAGGUGGAAGAGCCGGUCGUGGUUACCUCCGGAACCGAGGAUUGCGGCGAUUCCGACGACAUGGAGAAGAGAUCGGGCGCUCGCAGAUCGGGCAAGCGGAGGAAAUCUCAGAAAUCCACCGACUCCCCUGGCUCAGACGCCACGCUACCCGAGAGCGCGGCGAGGGACGACGCGGUGUUCGACGACGAGGUGGCGCUAAAUGCGGCUACAGAGAGUAUCUCCGCGGAAAAGAAAGUGAAAUCUCCGCGAGCGGCCCUCGACGGGGGCGUUGCCUCAGCUGCAGGCUCGGAGUCCAAGUCCAGCCCCGGCCCCAAAGGGCAGCUCCGAGGGGAGUCGGACCGGAGCAAACAGCCACUCCCGGCUUCGUCCCCCACCAAGAGGAAGGGCAGGAGCCGCGCCCCGGAGGCUGUGCCCAGCCAGCUUGCCAGCGGUCCGCGGGCUCCUGCCAAGGAGUCCCCACCCAAGAGGGGGCCGGCGUCCGACCCCGGCGUGGUCGACAGCGGGGAGGAGGCGGCCCGGGUCAUCCCUCGUGAGCUCACUGUCAAGAGCAGCUCGUUGCUGCCGGAGUUCAAGCCUGAGCACAAGAGGGGCCCGCUCCCCAACCACUUCGACGGCCGGGCAGAGGGAGGCCGAAGCAAAGAACUGGGCAGAUCGUCCGGAGCUUCGGACGCCGACUGCUUGAAGCCCAGGAACCAAUUCGGUGCGGGCAGGUCGACCGUAACCACUAAAGUGACCCUACCUGCCAAACCCAAACAUGUGGAAUUAAACCUUAAAACUCCUAAGAAUCCUGACAGUUUGGGAAAUGAACAUAAUCCAUUUAGCCAGCCAGUUCAUAAGGGAAACACUGCCACCAAAAUCUCCUUAUUUGAAAAUAAACGAGUGAACAGUAGCCCAAGACACACUGACAUUCGAGGCACAAGGAACAUUCCUGCCUCAAAUAAGACAUUUGUUGGGAGAGCAAAGCUGAAUUUAGCCAAAAAAGCCAAGGAAAUGGAGCAACCAGAAAAAAAAGUAAUGCCAAACAGUCACCAUAAUGAUGUGGUGAUGAAGGAGCCCUCUGCAGAAACCAAAGUCACUGUCCCCAAAGAAGAGAUUCUCUCAGUAGCCAGAGAAACAGGAGGGGAGCCCACUGAAGGUGAAGCUCUUGGUCCCCAGUCUAACCAAGAUGACAAAGCAGAUGUGCAAAUAGAUGCUGGCUGUCCUUCAGAACCAGUGGUUGCUGCUCUGACUCCUGUCAAGGACCAUAAACUCUUAGGAGAGGACAACUCUGAGACUGCUGACAGCAAAAGAUUUGAACUUAAAAAUAUGAAUGAUACAGCACAAGAUAUCCCCACCAUUCUUGAUGCCAAAGAUUCAAUUCCAGAGCCCCAGGGUACACUGACUGACUCACAGCCCCAAGAUGAGUCAUCUGCAGAGCCUUCUCUUCCUCUGCCUGCACCCAUUCCUGUGGAUGUUCCCAAAGACAAAUGUGCUCAAGUUCCCAUAAGUAAUUUUGCCUGCACUGAUCUCAAAGUGUCAGAAAACCAUAAUGGGCGUAUUUUGCCUAUUUCUCAUCACAGUGAGAAAAUGCCCCUGUCCAAACAGGGAGGAGGAGAAGCAAACCCUCCUUCAUCCCCAGAGCAUAGCCCAGAAGCUAUGGUAAAUGAGUGUCCAUCCAAGGUCCUUGUCCAGGUCAGGUCCUUCGUUCUUCCCAUGGAGAGCACCCAGGAUGUGAGCUCCCAGAUCAUUUCAGAAAGUUCUGAAGUUAAAGAAGUGCAGUUGCCAAGUUGUCACAAUAAUGAACUUGAAGUGGUUUCCGUUGCAAGUUGUGCUCCCCAGCAAGAGGAAGUGCUGGGUGUAUCACCCAAACACACUCACUGCAAAGAGGAACAUGUGGCAAAAUCUGUCCCUCAGAUCACACCACCAGAAUGCGAGAAAGCUCUGCCCAUCCAGGCUGAAAGUCAGGGCAGCCAAGCACACUCAGUGGCUGAGUGCAGCCCCACCAACUCUCCCACCAGCAGAAAUCAUUCAGAAACUUCCCAGAGGCCAGAUCAAAACAUGGUGAAUGGCAAGGACACCCCUACGGGUCUUUUGAAUGUUUCUGCUGGUAGUGAUGAUAGUGUAUUUGAUUCUUCCUCUGACAUGGAAAAAUUCACAGAAAUUAUCAAAAAUAUGGACAGCACUAUUUGUGUGCCCCAGAAGAAAAAGAAGGCCAGGAUGCCAAACUCCCCUGCCCCUCACUUUGCUAUGCCUCCUAUUCACGAGGACAAUUUAGAAAAGGUGUUUGAUUCCAACGUGUUCACCUUUGGUUUGGGGAAGAAGAAGGAAAGCCAGACAGAAAUGUUACCUGCUUUACAUUUGAUGCAGAACCUUGAUUCCAAAUCCAAACUGAGACCCAAACGUGCAUCCACCGAGCAGAGUGUCCUCUUCAAGUCCUUGCACACGAACACUACUAAUGGAAAAACUGAACAUCAGGCCACUUUAGAAAAAAAUGACAAAGAGAACAGGGAUGUUACCAGCGGUGGAGUUAAGAGAUCAAGGUUAGAAAAAAGCGCACUUUUCUCAAGCAUGUUAUCUUCUUUGCCACAAGACAAAGUCUUCUCUCCCUCUGUGACGACAGUCAACACUAUGACUACUUCUUUCAGCACUUCUCAGAACAGUUCUCUGUCUCGGUCUUCAGUGGUACAGCCCGUGACGGAGGGUGCCCCACCCUGUGGCUUAGACAAAGAGCAGCCAAGUCUUCCACCCCACCACUCCUUGAAGGUCUUCAAUUUCAACUCAUCAAAUGCAUCUCAUUCAGAUCUGAAAAGUCCAAGCCACAUGGAGAAACACUUGCAAAAAGAGGAAAACAAAGAAGACCUGAAUUCACGAUGCAACCUACACUUGCCAGAAACGAAAUUUUCCAAAUCAAAAAACAAUGAUGGUAUGGAAAAGGCUAAUCAUAUUGAAAGUGUUAUUAAAUCAAACUUGCCAAACCAUGGAAACAGUGACACCGACUUCAUGGGUCUUUUCAAAUCAAGCCGGUAUGACCCCAGCAUUUCUUUUUGUGGAAUGUCAUUACCAGAUACGACGACACCGAGAGGAAGUAUUCAAAAUAAACUCAAUCCCCGACCUGGAAAGGUGGUGAUAUUCAUUGAGCCUGAUGUCUCGGAGGAGUGCAUUGAAAUUUUCAGUGACAUUGAAGAUUGCACUUCUUGGAACCUCUCUCCAGUAGUACUCGUGAAAGUUGUCAGAGGAUGUUGGAUUUUGUAUGAGAAACCAAAUUUUGAAGGACAUUCCAUCCCCUUAGAAGAAGGUGAAUUGGAAUUGUCUGCUCUCUGGGGAAUAGAAGAUAUUUUGGAAAGAAAUGAGGAGGUAGAGUCUGAUAAGCCUGUAGUGAUUGGUUCAAUCAGACACGUCGUCCAGGAUUACAGAAUUAGUCAAAUUGAUUUAUUUACUGAACCAGAGGGGUUAGGACUCCUAAAUUCCUACUUUGAUGACAUUGAAGAAAUGCAGGGAUUUGGUGUCAUGCAGAAGACAUGUUCCAUUGAGGUGCACUGGGGCACAUGGCUGAUUUAUGAAGAGCCUGGAUUUCAAGGUAUCCCUUUCAUCUUGGAACCUGGUAUAUACCCUGACUUAUCCUUCUGGGAUACAGAGGAAGCAUACAUUGGGUCCAUGCGGCCUCUGAAAAUGGGUGGACGUAAAGUUGAAUUCCCGACAGAUCCAAAGGUUGUUAUUUAUGAAAAGCCUUUCUUUGAAGGAAAAUGUAUGGAACUAGAAACAGAACUGUGUAGUGUUGUCACUGGGGAGACAGAAGUGACUGGAGAUGGUUGCUUGCCCCUUUCGUCAGUGGGGUCUAUGAAAGUUCUAAGAGGCAUUUGGGUUGCCUAUGAGAAGCCUGGAUUUGCAGGUCAUCAGUAUUUGCUAGAAGAAGGAGAAUACAAGAACUGGAAAGACUGGGGAGGUUAUAAUGGAGAGCUUCAGUCCUUACGACCCAUAUUAGGGGAUUUUUCAAAUGCUCACAUGAUUAUGUACAGUGAAAAAAACUUUGGAUCCAAAGGUUCCAGUAUUGAUGUGUUAGGAAUUGUUGCUAAUUUAAAGGAGACUGGAUAUGGAGUGAAGACACAGUCUAUUAAUGUACUGAGUGGAGUAUGGGUAGCCUAUGAAAAUCCUGACUUCACUGGAGAACAGUAUGUUCUGGAUAAAGGCUUUUACACCAGUUUUGAGGACUGGGGAGGCAAAAAUUGUAAGAUUUCUUCUGUCCAACCCAUAUGUUUGGAUUCUUUCACUGGCCCAAGGAGACGAAACCAGAUUCACUUGUUUUCGGAACCACAAUUUCAAGGUCAAAGUCAAAGUUUUGAAGAGACAACAAAUCAAAUUGAUGAUUCAUUUUCUACCAAGUCCUGCAGAGUUGUAGGAGGGAGCUGGGUUGCAUAUGAUGGAGAAAAUUUCUCUGGCAAUCAGUACGUGUUGGAAGAAGGCCACUAUCCUUGUCUCUCUGCAAUGGGAUGCCUGCCUGGAGCAACUUUCAAGUCUCUUCGUUUUAUAGAUGUGGAAUUUUCUGAACCAACAAUUAUUCUUUUUGAAAGAGAAAACUUCAAAGGAAAAAAGAUUGAACUUAAUGCAGAGACAGUUAAUCUCCAAUCCCUGGGAUUCAACACACAAAUACGCUCUGUUAAGGUUAUUGGUGGCAUAUGGAUUACUUAUGAAUAUGGCAAUUACAGAGGUCGACAGUUCCUAUUGUCACCAGCAGAAGUACCGAGUUGGUAUGAAUUCAGUGGCUGUCGCCAAAUAGGUUCUCUACGACCUUUCGUUCAGAAACGAAUUUAUUUCAGACUUCGAAACAAAGCAACAGGGUUAUUUAUGUCAACCAAUGGCAACUUAGAGGAUCUGAAGCUUCUUAGAAUACAGGUCAUGGAAGAUGUUGGUGCUGAUGAUCAGAUUUGGAUUUAUCAGGAAGGAUGCAUCAAAUGCAGGAUAGCAGAAGACUGUUGCCUGACAAUUGUGGGCAGCCUGGUAACAUCUGGCUCAAAGCUGGGCCUGGCGCUGGACCAGAGUGUUGACAGUCAGCUCUGGUGCAUGAAGCCAGAUGGCAGGAUCCACAGCAAGCUGAAGCCCAAUUUAGUUUUAGAUAUCAAAGGGGGUGCGCAGUAUGACCAAAAUCACAUUAUCCUCAACACAAUCAGCAGAGACAAGUUAACACAAGUGUGGGAAGCCAUGGUCCUAUGAACCUGAAGAACGGAUGCAGGGGGAAUCUCUCUGGAGGUCUUUCCAGCUGCCUUAUUUGAGAAACACAAAAGGACAGUGGUGAUGGAGGAGCCAAAUGGAGUGACACCUUCUUCCAUCUUGAAUGACACUGCCAUGUCUGGGAGAAUCAUCUCAUCUUUUCAAAAGACUGUAAUAAUUUUAAACCAAUAAUUUGUCUUCCUUUCAUUUCUUGCCUUUCAUUUUCUCUCAGUAGCUACUUAAACAGGUUGCAUCAUUAGCAGCUUUGGGGUGUUUAAGAUGUUGUAAGAAGACUUCAAGACUAUAUGGACAUUUAAAAUUAUUUCCAAAGAUAGUAAUGGAGAGAACAGGACCAAAUUUACUGACUUUGUGGACUUAAAAAUCUCUUACACUUUAAAGGGAAGGAUAGAAACCUAAGUUUGUAAGGUAGAAGACUAUUGAGCAUCUGAGAAACAUGCUUUAUUAGGCCUGUACCUUUGGUUCUUGGCCUUAAUGUUUUCUGGAACCAUUAAUUAUCAUUGAUAAUAAAGUGGGAAAGCCUUAUAUAUAUUCAGAAAUAUUAUAAGUAUACACAAAUACUAUUUUCUUUCAGUUAAUAUUUAAAAAUUAGUAAACUGAUGGAAUUUCAUGUCCAUGUCUGCUAACAUUUAUUAGCAGAAUUUGGAUUAUUCUAGGGACUGCCCUAGAACGUCACAAGUGAAUGUUCAAUGCCUUUCUCAAAGCUGCUACUGGAACAGUAUUAUCAUGGCCUAAUUUAUUAGCCUCUCCUUCCUUAUCUGCAAGUACUGAAGCCAUGUUCUAUAGUUUUUUUUGCUAAAGUCAGACCUUUUAACUAAUUUCCAGGCACUACUGAGUGGGACAGGCUCAGAUAUGAAGGUACUGGGGGUACUACAGCCCUGAUAUUUCCUUCUGGUAGCAGAAAGAGAGGUGUGCAAAGCUCCAGGGGAUGGCCAGCACUCAUGUCCAGAAAGUAAAGGAGAAGAGACCCUUGAGGCUGGUGGUGGUCAAAUGUUGGAGCUCUGCAAGCCCACGAAUGCUGUAAGCAAUUCAAAAAUGCAAAGGAACUAUUUCACUUGCUGCUCUGUUGGUUCUGUUUUGAACUAAACUGCUAAAUGUUUCCUUGAGUACCUCCUUCCUCUUUUUUGUCCUUGUCACUGAAUACCGGUGCUCUUGUCACAAGUAGAACAAAUCUUGUUUCCAUUUCUCUGUUCAGGUGUUUCCAUUUCUAAAAUGUGAUCCUCCCUGAAGUCCAUAGGCAACUGUGGUCAUUAGAAUAAUUUACCUUCAGUUUUAAAAUAAUGUUUGCACAUGUACAACCGCGCCAAGAGGUCUGUCUCAUUCUUAGAUGUAUAGCUCUGAUUUUAGGCAUUUUGUGUAUAUCAUUACAGAAUGGUGGGGUAAGAUAUUCUAUAAUAACCUGUGCUGAAUUUACCUCUUGAAUAAACUUGUUUCUGGUUAACUAUAUUGGUGAAAUCUCCUAUAGUCCAUUCAGAACCCUCAUCUAAACUUCCAAGAGUCAGCCAGCAGAUUAGAAACAAAUGUCUGACAGAGUAGGAUGAGGCUGGCUCAAGGGUCCUGGUGUGACGGCAGGGAAGGUUUUGCUGACCACCCUCUAACCGGAUAAGACAGCAAGUGAGGUCCUGGCUCACCUACGCGCUUUUGAGUACCUGACACCUCACUACUGCCCUCUGGGACAAGAGCUGAGACUGCUCCAAGUGGAAGUUAAGAGCAGUUAGUAUUUACAAAUGGAAAAACAUCUUUUUCUUUUGAAGUAAAUUUGUACUAAGACAACUCUAGAGAAACCUGCUACCAAAUGAGCAUCUAACAGGAAAAAACAAAGUGAAAUCUUCUCAAAACAAGUCUCAAAGGUCUGAUAAUGGGUGUGAGUCAAUAAAAAACACUCAUGUUAAUGAGACACUAGAGAUUCUGAAGUACAUACUGCGAUGGGUGUAUUGGUGAAAUACCUAAAUGCAGUCGUAGGAGGUCAGAUAAUAGCCAACUGGACUCCAUUGGAAUGGUGGCAAUUUCCACAGAAAAGUCCCCAGAGAAGCAUGUUUCCAUUGCUGAAAGAGGCCCAGCCAUUAUGCAAAACUUAGGGUUUACAGAAGUUAGAAACUUUAGCUUUAACCCUUUGAAUAUUAAGAGAGCAAGCAAUCAAAUCACAGGCCAGGUUUUAAUAGAUGACUGUAAGAGAUUCCAAACUUCUAUGAUAACCACACUAGAGCAGGGGAAUAAAAAUGAAAGUGUGUUAGUUUUCUGUUACUAUGACAAAAUGAAAGUGUGUUAGCUUUCUGUUACUAUGACAAAAUACCAAGUUAUAAGGAGGAAAUGUUUAUUUUGGCUCACUGUUUUGGAGGUUUCAGUUCAUGGUCAGUUUGCUCCAUUGCUUUUGUGCCUGUGGUGAGGAGCUCAACAGGGUAGCACGGUAGAGGAAGAUGCUUACCUGAUGGAGGCCAGGAAACAGGGAGGCAGGAGGGGGCUAGGAUCCCAAUAUCCCCUCCGAGGUCAUGAUCCCAACAACCUACCUUGCUUCCACUAGGUCCCAAAGGUUCUGCCACUCCCCAGAUGGCCACAGACUGGGGACAAAGAUUGGCCUUUGGGGGACAUUCCAGAUCCAAACUAUAGCAUUCCACCCUGGCCCCAAAGACUCAUUUCCAUUUCACAAGGCAAAAUGAAUUCCAUCCAUCUCCAAGAGUUCUCAAAAUCUUAACAGUUCUACUACUAAUCAAAAAUUCAAGUCCAGAGUCUCCUCUGAGACUCGAGACAAACUCUUAGCUGUGAGCCCCUAUAAAAAUCAAAAGAACAUAUGGUUCCAAGAUACAAUGGGACAGGGUAAAUAUUGGAAUAUUCCCAUUCCAAUAUGGAGGAAUAGGGGCACAGAAAGGUAGGACUGGAACGAAGCUAAACCGAAACCCAGUAAGGCAAAACCUUAAAUCCUACAGCUAUAUCCACCAGGACACAUGAUGUUAUGCUGUGAGGGCCAAAGUGCUUGGACAGCACCACCCAAGACUUACUAGUACAGACUUACUAGUCGCAGCCCCCACGACCACUCUCAGGCUCUUUCCUGCCAGUAGCUCCUGACAGGUAUUCCGCGUACCUGGCAUGUAUAACUUCCUGGGGUCUUCAUGGUGACUUCAGCUUCACUCUUAAACUUCAUGAAUCUCCCUGCUAGGAGCUCUUUGCAGGGACUCUGACCCUGCCACCCACUGCCCAGCCUCCCAGGCUUUCCUGAAAUCUUGGUAGAAGGAAGACUCAGUGACCCAAGACCUCCUACAUUCUGCAUGCCUGCCAAACCAGCAUCAUGAGGGCAAUGAUAGGUGGCAACCAUGUCCAUGCUGGUUCAAACCACUGCUGCAGUGGCCCGAGUUCCGGCCAAACACAGGAAAUAAAUCCUGGGAAACAAUUCCCUAGAUGGCUCUGUGCACAGAGUGUCCCCAGGGCUCUCUCUUCAAACAAAACUCGUAUCAAUUCCUGAGAUGCCCUAAAGGCAUCUUCCUUAUUGUCCAAGUUCGAAGUACGUGGCUUCUUAUUAAUUAUGCUGCUCUCUUUAGCACCCUCCUUGUUGGCCCCUAAAAUGAGCUUCUUUUCUGGCUGAAAUGCAGUUUUUCCUAAUUUUUCCACACUUCUCUUUGCUCCUGAUUCUCACUGUAUAUCUGACUAAAAGAGGCCAAUAAUACCUAUGCUGCUGUCUGAAUACUGUGCUGCCUUGAAAUUUCCUCCUCCAGAUAAACUAACCCAUUGCCUUUAAAUUAGCCUUAUACAAAGUCUCAGGGAAUGGACAUAAUAUAACAAAGUUCUUUGCCAGACUGUUAACCCAGAUGGCUGCUGGUCCAAUUCCUAAUAGUGUCUUUACUUAAUCUGCAGCUUGAUCAGCAAGUCUUACUGUCUGCAUUCCUAUCAGCAUUUUAGCCUUGAGCCAUCGCCAGGCUCACCCAUUAAAUUCCAUUUGCAGCAUUCUAGUUUUCUAUAGUCUGCUUCUCCAAACUUUUCUAAAUUUUCCAUGCAAACCAAUUCCCAAGGCUUCUGAAUAAAGUAUAGUCACAGCAAUGCUCCUACUUCUUAGUACCAAUAUUCUGUGUUAGCUUUUCAUUACUGUAACAAAUACCUGGGAUAAUCAAGUUAUAAGGAGGAAAUGCUUAUUUUGGCUCAGUUUUGGAGGUUUCAGUUCAUGUCAUUGGGCUCUGUUGCUUUGGGGCCUGUGGUGAAGCAGCACAUCAUGGUGGAAGCAAAGGGUGGAGGAAAAUGCUCACUUCAUGGCAGGUAGGAAGCAAAGAAAGGCAGGGAGGAACCAGGAUCCCAGUAUCUCCUCCAAGGCACAUUCCCAACGACCUAGCUUCCUCCUACUAAUUCUACCACUUAAAGGUUCCACAACCUCCCAAUAAUACCAUGGGCCUUUGGGGGACAUCCAGAUCCAAACUGUGGCAGCCAGUUAGAAAGUGUUCACUGAUGAAUUCAAGAAGAAACUAGCUUUUGUUCUACUCAAUUAACAAACAUUUAUUUUGUGAUGCCAGGUAUGGAAGCAAGGAACUCAUGCAUACAAGCAAGUGCUUUAUCACUGAGCUAUACUCCCAGUCCAGAGCAAGUUUUUAAAAUAACUUUUCAUUCACAAACUGAAAGUUUUAGGAUCUCAUAAAUACUAUGAUAAUAAAACAAGGUUUGAGUUGCUCAAAGAGAAGGUACCACAGCAAUCUGUAAGCUGAUGUCAAAGAGCAGCUUUAAAAGAAUAUGCAAUUCUCACUGACUACAGACAAGUCCAAGUGCUGAUGUGUUUGUAUAAACUACUGGCAAGUUAUUGGCAAAAAAAAAGGUGUGUUUAUUUUUUUAAGCCUAUCAUGGAACUUAUAAUCUAAUAUGGAAAAAUGUUUGAGGGGGAUGGCUAGAAAAUGUUUGGACCACAGCACUCACCAAAUAAAAAAGUCAACAAUCA